AAAGCAUGGUGGUGAAGAGAGGAGGAACUGCAUAUGGGAUCUCGUCACGGCCUGUGAGUAUUUUGGCUCAUAUUUUGGCCGUAGCCGCAGUAACGCUGAUGCUUGUGUGGAUCUUACACUACCGUGGAGGUGUCUCGUUCAAGUCCCAUCACUUUGAUCAAGAGAUCAACGCACAUGCUCUUUUCAUGGUAACUGGGCUUGUAAUCUGUGGGGGAGAAGCAAUUUUGGCUUAUAAGACACUCCCUGGGACAAGGAAAGUGAAGAAGAUCUUUCACAUGCUAUUGCACUUGGUGGCCUUGGGCUUGGGUGGUUUGGGUCUCUUUGCAAUUUUCAAAUUCCACAAGGACUUGGGUUUAAAAGAUAUGCACAGCUUGCAUUCUUGGUUGGGGAUUGGCACCUUUUGCCUCUAUGCUUUGCAGUGGUUACUGGGCUUCACUUACUUUCUGUUCCCUGGAUCAACAAUGACAAUGAGAGCAGACUAUGCACCUUGGCACAUCUUCUUUGGUGUGGUCAUAUUCCUCAUGGCAGUCUGCACUGCUGAAACUGGGCUUAGCAAGAUAGUCUUUCCCGGCGCGAAGCUCAGCUGCGAAGCGUUUCUCGCGAACUUCACCGGCGUCGCGAUUCUCCUCUUCGGCGUCGCCGUCGUCUUCGGUGUUAUUCUCCCAUGAAUGCAACUGCAGUUGUUGUUUCUCUUUUUAUAAAAGAUUUGGUUCUAAAUUGAUGUUGU